UAAGGGACGGAUGUGGUACCGGACACGCCAGUCUCAUUAUCUUAACACCAUUUGAAGCAAGUAAGAUGUGUGUUUGUGUUGCUCCCAACGCCUACUUAAUUGUGUUAUGAACUGAGUUCAGCUUGAAACAAAUUGCAUCUUCAUUCGAAGCAAACCACUCAACCACCCAACAGUCCUACGGAUCCAUGAAGUAAGGCGUGCAAGAGCAGCGAAGUGGAUCAAGCUCCAUCACAGAUGCUAAAUUGAAACAAGAAGAGUUUCGAUGGCUACGUUGAGCAAGAAAUCAGGCUUACCUAGUAACGUGACUAUGGGAGUUUAUGAAGGGACGCUCAACCUCUAUCGUAAAGGAGCUCUCAGGAAGAUCAAGAAGUAUUACACCACGCUGAUCGCCCCCUCUCAAAGUGGCUUGGCGCGGCUCGAGUUUUAUGAGAAUGAGAAACACUCGCUGUCCCUGGAACCCAUUUUCAUGGUGCUAGGCUCUGAAGUGGUGAAGGUGGAGAGGAUUACAUUGAAAGAGAAAGAAAUGAGAAACGCUUUCUUGAUCGGCACCAAGGAUCAGCAUUACACAUUCUUUGUCAGCACUUCCGGUGAAUGUGACAAGUGGGUGGAGUAUAUCCAGAAGACAUUGCUUGAAAAAGUACAUGUUCCAGGGGAUACUAUAUUGAAGGAAAACACUGCCGGUAUUUCUGUCAAUGAAAUCUACGAAUCUAUUGGCAACGUUCCCUGUCAGAAGACUGAAUUCAUGGUAGGAAGUGAUCAAACUACCCAAGCCAGGCUGGGAGUGUGUGGGAACAUCAAACUGGUGGUAGAGGACGAGAGUAUCUGCCUCAUCACUCCUUCCAUGAAAAUGAUUGUGCGAUGGAAUUUUAAGGAGAUCCGGAAAUUUAUAGUGGCACAAAAUAUGUUCUCCUUAGAAGCUGGCAGGAAGAGCUCUUUAGGAGAAGGCACUUUCACCUUCCUCACUGAAGAGGCUGAAACUAUCAGGAGGAUGGUCGACUUAAAGAAGGAAGCGUUGAAAGAGAAAAUGAGAAAAACAAGCUUUCAUCCUAAGCCAAAUACAUUACCACCACCAGUACAGUCACAUGCAUUUCCACAACCAUCAGCCCAGUAUGCUCCAAGAACAGAGAAUAUCAAUACAUGCAAAGAUACAACCUACAAUUCUCACGAAGAGCUAAUGAUGAUGUCCUACAAUGCCAAACGAAAACCAUGUACUGCUGGCAAUGUAUGCCAUCAGCAAUUGGUACGACCCAAACAAGACGGUCACUAUUUAACAGGCAGGCCAAUUGUCCCUACCAGAAGUGGCUGGUCUUCAUCCAACAGUCAGGGUAUCAAUUCAUCUGCUGAAAAUGACACCGAACAUGUCAUUGAUCAAGGUCAGAUCUAUUCUGAACCAGAAAUAAUAAGAAACGCCUGGGAGCACCAUGGCUACAAUGAUGAUGCUGGAGACUCAGACAUGUACAGCAACCUGGAGUUCACCCUAAAACAAAAGGAAGCAGGAGAUGAAAAUCACUACUGGAGCGGUGAGACAGCAAAUGCUCCUGGAAAUAUAAGACAGGAUACACAAGACAAUGUAAAAGAAGACAUUUAUGCAGUAGUUGAUUAUUCAAUGAAAAAAAAAAAAAAAUAGGAAAUAGAUCUGCAAGGAAGUUUUGAUUGUUUCAAGGAAAUUUUGAGUACCAUUUUAAAUACUUAGCUACAUGAAAGAUAAGAUAAUGAUUAUUAUUCUUUCUACCGUACUUAUUCAUUAUAUUCUAUAGGUCAGGGCAAACUAAAGUGAUACCCCGCUGAACCAGACACUUAUAGUCCAACAUGAAAUAUUACGUUACUGAAUGCCUUAUAUAACUGUGCAUUUGUUAAAUACAUACCCAACUAAAAUGAACCUUAAUUGUUUUAACGAGGCAGAACCUUCUGUACAGUGGUAUGGCUCUCUUACUAUAAAAUCACUAUCAGACGUGAAAAGCGAUCGUGUUGCAAAAAUUUUACGCCCACUCCCCCCAAAAAAAUAAUAUAUACAUAUAUAUAUAUAUAUAUAUAUAUAUAUAUAUAUAUAUAUAUAUAUAUAUAUAUAUAUAUAUAUACAUAUACAAUCACACAUAUAUAUACAUAUACUUACUCCCCCAAGUGACGAAUUGCAGUUGAGUUGUAGAGUCUAUAGUGGUUGAGUGAGAGAUUAUAUGGCUUGGAUGGCAAGUAUACCGUUGUAAGACAAAAAAAAAAAGAGGAAGAAUAAAAAGGAUUUGGUCGUUAAGCGAACUAAUCAUAAGAUAAAUCAGCUGUAUGUUAAGUACCUCACUGUACAUGUAAUGGAAAUGUUAGUUUUCCAUUGCAAUUUGUCUGCCGUGUUCUUUUGUGUAAUAUUAGUUUGAGAUUUCUGUCACAUAUGUUGCUUUGUUUGUUUGUUUUUUUGUUUUGUUUUUUGUUUCUGGGUUUUGUGUGCCUCAACCUUCCAUGUACGUCUAUUUAAAAUUUUUAGAAUUA